UUUACGGCUUUUUCGCGACUCCCCGCCUCCUGCUAGCGGUGCUUUACGGUUGUGUUAGUGUUUUACGACCGCGGCCGGCCGCGUUGUGCGGGGGCCAUGGCUGGCACCGAGCGGGACCCGCACGGGAGGGGCGAGGAGGAGGAAGAAGAGGAGGAAGAGGAAGAAAAGGAAGGGGAAGAAGAGGAAGAAAAGAAAGAGGAAGAAGAGGAAGAAAAGGAGGAGGAAGAGGAGGGUCCCGAGGGCUCCCCCGCUGCCGAAGCCCCCUCGGACCCCCCCCCGAAGCCGGUGGUACCGGGGGUCCUUUACUUGUCCUUCCUCCCGCCGGGCUUCGGGCCCCGCCAGGCCCGGGCGCUGCUGCGGCCGCACGGGGAGCUGGGCAGGGUCUUCCUGCAGCCCCGCGGAGGCUCCGUGCGGCGGCGGCGGCAGCGCCCCGGGGGGCCCCCGGCCGUGGCGUUCGCCGAGGGCUGGGUGGAAUUCCGGGACAAACGAGCGGCCAAACGCGCGGCCAAAAUCCUGCACGGGGCCCCCAUGGCCCCCCGGCCCCGCAGCCCCUUCCGCCAUCACUGCUGGAGCAUCAAGUACCUGCCCGGGUUCCGGUGGCCUCACCUGAGCGAGCGGCUCAGCUACGAGCGCCAGGUGCGGGCGCAGCGCCUGCGGGCCGAGGUGGCCCAGGCCAAGCGGGAGGGGGGGUUCUACGCCCGCCAAGCCUCCAAAGACCCCCCCAAAACCUCCAGGGACCCCGCGGCCCCUGCCCCGACCUGGGGCUUCACCCAAAGACCGACCGAGGAGGAGAUUUGGCGGCGCAAAGCUCGGCCCCCCCCGGCCGCGCCCCCCCUGAGCCUGCUGGAGAAGGUGUUUGGGACGGGGAGGUGAGACCCUCCCUCAAAUUUGGGGGGGCUCAGGUGUCUGGGAGGGGCCCUUGGCACGCCAGGGUCUCCUCCAGACCUCGAUGCCUUUCUCAAAGAUCACAGAAUGUUUUAUUUUUCUCCUUAAAACUUUUAUUACUUUUAACAAAAA